AUGGAGGAAGAAUUCCAGUUCCUGCUCUGCCAGGGAUGCCGGAAAGAACCCAGAAAUCCUAAGCUCCUGUCCUGCCUUCACACCUUGUGCGCCAACUGCCUGGAAGAGAACAAGCCUGUUGGCCAGUGCCCCAUCUGCCGCGCUCCCAUCCCACAAGCCAGUGGGAUCCCAGACCAGGACAACCUGCUCUUCGCCAAUCUGCAGGCCAAGCUGAGCACCUACCAGAAGAUCGUCAAAGGCAAUGACCUGGUCUGUGACAACCGUGGGCAAGAGGGACAGUUCUGGUGCUCUGACUGCGAGGAGUUCCUUUGUGUCAAGUGCUUUGAGACCCACCAGAGGUAUCUAAAGCGAGAGAGCCAUGAGGCCAAGGCGGUGAGGGAUCUCAAGGUGGGAUCUGCCAGGGAGUUUCUUGUUGGUUCCAGGAAGCUCAGUAACUUGUCCUGUCCCAAUCCAACCCAUGCAAACCAGAUGCUGAGCAUCUACUGCAGAGAGUGCCAAAAACUGAUCUGCUGCAUCUGUGCCCUGCUGGACAGCCGGCACACAGGCAAGCACUGUGAUAUCAAGGUGGAAAUCCAGCAGAGGCAGCAGGAGCUGGGGAGCGUGAGCGAAGAGCUGAAGAAGAAGGAGGAACUCUUCCAAGAUGCCUAUUGUAAUCUGAAGAGAAAAGCUGACCACCUGGACCAGGUGAGGAAUGAAACCCAGGAGCUGAUCCGAAAGAGAGUUGAGCAGAUGGUGCAGCUGAUCCGAGAGAAGGAGCAGGAGCUGCUGGAGAUGGUGGAGAGGCAGCACCACCUGGGGAACGAGGAGCUGGAGGGGAAGCUGCAGCAGACAGAAGCCGUGCUCAAGAGGAUGGGGGCCAGCAAACAGCUGGUGGAGAAGAUGCAUCUCUAUGCGUCGGACCAGGAGGUGAUGGACCUGCACUCCUUCAUCAAGGGGUCACUGGAGGAGCUCAGGAAGCUGCAGCCCCUGGCCGUGGGAGCCAGUGUCCAGGCUGGAGGCUUCGCCAAGUGUAAAGCCAGACUCCAGGCUCUGUUUGAAAGAGUGACUGGGGAGAGAGUUUCGUCUCUUGCAGAUGAUCCCUGUUUGGACAGCUCUGAAGUGGAUGACAGUGAUGAAGAGUCAACAGACUCUAGUCGGCCAGACGACAUCAACAGCGUCAAUUGUGAGAGCAGCGAGGGAGACCUCCUGGCCUUUCCUGCCGGCAGCCCGAAGGAACUCACCCAGGCACAAGCAUCACUGCUCUUCUUCGACCUCAAGUUCUUGACAGUGAAUAAGGUCCUUCAGCUGGCUGUGGUGGACGAAGAAAAGAGCUUUACCAUCUUGAUUCAGCCGCUGAAAUCUUUGCCUGGCUUGAUCUCAAAAGGCGGCAUCUGUGAGAUUGGUGUGAAGACCUUAUUCCGCUACCUCUGCUCUGUCCACAAACCCAUCUUAGCAGGGCAUGACCUCUGGUCACCAGCCCUUCCUGUCCUGUUUCAAUCCCUGGAUCUCCUUAGCAAGAAAGAGGAGUUUAGUGCAGCUGUCUUUGGUUUCCUAGACAUCUUGCCCUUGAUUAAAGAGAAGAUCCCCAAGGCUGGGAGUUACAAACUGAAGAACCUGGCCAACACUUACAUUUGGCGGCAGCUCAGUGAUGAUAGCCCCCUGGGUAAUGCAAAGGCCCUAAGGGAUCUGUGCACAGUUCUGGAGGUUGAUCCAGUGGAGGACCCGAGGCCUGUGCUCACCUGCUCUAAUCUGGAAUGUUAUGCUUCCCUUCAGCCAUUGCUGAAUGAGAAACUUCUCACUAAGCCUUCGGUGCAGAUGCUGUCCAUGCACAACAUGAGCCUUUCCAAGCUCCACACCUUAUACGUGAGGGACCCUGAGAAAGGGCUGCAGAAGUUCUGCAGAUUCUUCAAUUCUUGGCUGCAGAGCUCUGAGAAGAAAAUCCGAAAGCUAAGUAAGAUCAAAGCCCAUUUCCAAAGCCCACAGCCAUCAGCAGCAGCAGCAAAUGAACUGCCACAAGCAAUAAAGAGUGAGCCAGACUAUUGAAGUACAUCCACAGCUCAGACAAAUAUAUCUGUGUAUGGCACCUCAGGUAUGAGGCUGAGCAGCAACAUUCAGCUCUCAGGUCCAGACUCCACCAGAAUUCAAGAAGUUUAGAUUCACCAUUUUCAGUUUGGCACAUUAUCUAGAGCAGGGCCUGUUAAAAGCUCACAAUAGAUCUGAACUACGAAUUUCAGAGAUGCUUGGAUCAGGUGUU